AUGACUAAGAGUUGUCAGUGGAAUCAGCUUUCAUUACGACGUUUUUCUAUCAUGGCGUCCGCCGUCGGUAGGAUUUGUGGGGCACGUCUUUUGAAAAAUUAUGGCUUAGUGGCACCCCAGGUUUGUCAGCUGUCCACCGGCGCCCAAGGAUGGACAAAGAACAGAAAACUGUGGCUCUCAACAGUAGGAGUAGUUGGAUCUGGUGUUGGUGCACUGCUGUUUGCUCUUGAACAGUCAGUUCAGGCUUCAGGAUCAGAAGCCCAUGCACCUCACCAACCUUGGAGUCACGACGGAUGGUUCAAAUCAUUAGACCAUGCUAGUGUUCGCCGAGGCUACGAAGUGUACAAGCAAGUGUGCAGAGCCUGCCACUCUCUGCAGUACAUUGCCUUCCGAAACCUCGUCAAUGUAACCCACACUGAAGAAGAGGCGAAGGCUGAAGCCGCUGAAGCAAUGAUUAAGGAUGGCCCCGAUGAGGAGGGUAACUACUUCGAGAGGCCAGGCAAGUUGUCUGACUACCUCCCGUCGCCGUACCCCAACGAGAAUGCUGCUCGAGCAGCUAACAACGGUGCCUAUCCUCCCGAUCUGUCGCUGAUCUGCUCGGGUCGUAAGGGUGGAGAAGACUACAUAUUCGCUCUACUCACUGGCUACAUGGACGCUCCCGCUGGCGUGGUGCUCCGUGAAGGACAGAACUACAACCCGUACUUCCCCGGCGGUGCUAUUUCGAUGGCCCAAGUACUUUUCGACGAGGCCGCUGAGUACAGCGACGGCACGCCUGCGACGGCCUCGCAGCUAGCCAAGGACGUGGCGACGUUCCUCCGAUGGUGCUCAGAGCCGGAGCUAGACGACAGGCGACUCAUGACCAUCAAGGCCAUCGGCAUGUUCUCCAUGCUGGCCGCUGUCGCCUACUACUUCAAACGACACAAGUGGUCCACACUCAAGUCUAGAAAGCUAGCCUACAAACCCGUCUCUAAGAAAUAA